UAUGUUUCUGUUUGGGUCUCAUCUUAAAGCAGUGAGAGUUAAAAGUCCCAGAACGCCAGUUAGUGUUAAGGCUGUAGCCAAAUGCUUUCCUUUCCUUAGAGCUGACGUUAUCCACCCACGCUCAGGAGCCUUUGGUACUGGCGGCCUCCCGAGAACGCUGGAAGACAGAGGACUGGGUGUAAACUGAAGUCUGCCAAGUGGUCCAGAGACUCUUGAGGAAAAUGAAGUUUCCCUGCUUAUCCUUCCGGCAGCCCUAUGCUGGUUUAAUCUUAAAUGGAGUCAAGACUCUUGAGACACGUUGGCGCCCCCUGUUGAGAAGCCUUCAGAAAUGUACCAUUGCCAUCCACAUUGCUCAUAAGGACUGGGAAGAUGAUGCUUGGCAGGAGGUGCUGAUGGAGAGGUUGGGGAUGACCUGGACACAGAUUCAGACCUUACUACAGGCAGGAGAAAAAUACGGCAGAGGGGUGAUAGCUGGACUUGUUGAUAUUGGAGAGACUUUUCAGUGUCCAGAAACCUUAGCUGCUGAGGAGGCUGUGGAACUGGAAACUCAAGCUGUGCUAACCAACCUGCAGCUGAAGUACCUCACUCAAGUUUCAAAGCCCAGGUGGUUACUGGAGCCCAUACCUAGGAAAGGGGGAAAGGAUAUAUUCCAGGUAGAUAUCCCAGAGCACCUGAUCCCACUGGAGAAAGAAUGAAUGCUUGGAAAACAACUGAAGAAUGGCUCUGCCAGUAGACCAUCAGAAUGUGCCCCUCCAGAUCUCAAUCUGGGCGACUCAAAUCCACUCCUACAGAGCACAGCUCACUACGUACUGUUUCGAGACUGCUCUGCCCUCAGGAAGGGGAUGGCAGUAAAGACAACCCUCAUGCUGUGGCUCUGCCAGCAAAGUGACAGAGCCUUGAGAACUUUGGACUUUAAGGAAAAGGAAACCUCCCAGGAAAUGAUAUUUCACUGAAGUUCAUUUUACUCCUGCUGUUUUCUGAAUUGCACAAAUAAAUUGGCGAAUAGUUAAGUGUU